AUGGAGGCCUUCUUUGCACGGUGGACAGAGCGGCUGGAGCAGCUCUACCAGGAGCUGAUAUCUGCUUGCAGCGGGGUGUUUGGGAACGACGACGACCGUCUCCGGCGGCUCGUCGACUGCACGCUCGCCCACUACAGCGAGUAUUACCAGGAGCGGCGGCGGCUGGCGGAGCGCGACGUCCUGCUGGUGUACUCUCCCGUAUGGCUCACCCCCUUCGAGCGAACCUUCCUGUGGAUCGCCGGCUGGAGGCCGUCCCUCACCUUCCGCCUCCUCGGUGCCGUCGGGCCGGCGGCGGCCCCUGGCAUAAGGGAGAUCGAGGCGCAGGCGGUGGAGGAGGAAGCGAGGUUGUCGAGGGAGAUGACGAACCUCCAGGAAGCGAUGGCGGCGCCGCUGGUGAUGGCGGUGAUGAGGCGCUCGGCGGAGGUCAGGAACGGGCAACCUCCGCCGGAGGAGGACGAGGUGGUUGGCCCGUUGCUGCGGUCGCUUCUUCUCCUGCUUGAGCGCGCUGACAACCUGCGCGUUACGGUGGUGAAGCGACUGGCGCAGAUUCUGAGUACUAAGAGGAUGGUGGACUUGCUGACGGCGGCCACCCAUCUCCACCUCCGCGUCCGCGCGUGGGGGAUGCGGCUGCAGGGCGCCGCCGCCGAAGCUGCGGCGUGA